AUGACAGAAGUGGAGUUUUUUAGGAAAAAAAAACUGCCUCCAGGAACCUCCAGGAACCACCAGGAACCUCCGGGUGCCACCAGGAACCCUCAGGCCCACCAGAACCUCCAGGUGCCACCAGGAACCACCAGGAACCUCCAGGUGCCACCAGGAACCUCUGGGUACCACACCAGGAACCUCCGGGUGCCACCAGGAACCUCCAGGAGCCACCAGGAACCUCCAGGUGCCACCAGGAACCUCCGGGUACCACCAGGAACCUCCGGGUGCCACCAGGAACUUCCAGGAACCUCCAGGAACCCUCAGGCCCACCAGAACCUCCAGGUGCCACCAGGAACCACCAGGAACCUCCAGGUGCCACCAGGAACCUCCAGGUGCCACCAGGAACCUCCGGGUGCCACACCAGGAACCUCCAGGAACCUCCAGGAACCUCCGGGUACCACCAGGAACCUCCGGGUACCACCAGGAACCACCAGGAACCUCCAGGUGCCACCAGGAACCACCAGGAACCUCCAGCUGUGUGCUGCUGUUUUGCAGAUGUCGGGGAGCCAGCCGCAGGUGGGAAGAGGCGCGCCCUGCCUGCGCUGCCGAGGGCUGUGCACGGGCUUCGAGCCACACUCCUGGAGGAAGAUCUGCAAGUCGUGCAAGUGCAGCCAGGAGGAGCACGGGCCGAGCUCGGAGCUGGACGAUGACCGCAAGAUCGGGCGGCUGCUCUCGGGCUCCCGGCACGCCUCGCUCACCGCGCGCCUCAAGGGCGGCGACGGCGCCCGCGUCUACAAGAGGAACCGCAUGAUCGUCACCAACCCCAACAUCUCGGGCAAGGACCCCACCUUCGACACCAUCACCUACGAGUGGGCUCCCCCCGGGCUCACCCAGAAGCUGGCCAUGCAGUACAUGGAGCUGGUCCCCAAGGAGCUGCAGCCCGUGGCGGGCACAGAGGGCGCCUGGCAGCGGCGGCGGCGUUUGGCGCGGCAGCUCCCGCUGCACGACCAGGACCCCGCGCAGUGCCGCGGCCUUGCCGAGGGCGAGCAGCAGCUCAUGCACGACUUCGUGACGAGGUACAAGGCUGAGGCCCUGGGCGUCGGGGAGGUGGCGCUGCCAGGCCAGGGCGGCGGCCGGAAGGAGGAGGAGAAGGCCCAGGAGAAGGCCCAGGAGAAGGCCCAGGAGAAGGCCCAGGAGAAGGCCCAGCAGAAGAGCAUCGACCCCAGCACGGCCCCCGAGUCACCCAACGGGGCCCUGGAGAGCACGGCCGGGCACUACCGCUGCGAGUCGUGCCAGCAGCCGCUGCCCGGGGACUGCCCCGUGGUGUACGCCGAGCGCGCCGGCUACUCCCGCCAGUGGCACCCCGGCUGCUUCGUGUGCUGCCGCUGCACCGAGCCCCUCGUCGACCUCAUCUACUUCUGGAAGAGCGGGGCCGCCUGGUGUGGGCGCCACUACUGCGAGAGCCUCCGGCCCCGCUGCGCCGGCUGCGACGAGAUCAUCUUCUCGGACGACUACCAGCAGGUGGAAGGGCUGGCCUGGCACCACAAGCACUUUGCCUGCCUGGAGUGUGAGACGCUGCUGACGGGCAAACCUUUCACCCUGGCCAACACCAGCCUGCUGUGCAGCACCUGCAGCCAGAGUCAUCCCCAGGACAUCCCCCUGACCCCCCAGGUCAGCCCCAGGACAUCCCCCUGA